AAAACGAGAGUGAAUAUAUUUACCAACGAGUGUGCAUGAAACAUCGAUACCUUGGCCCGCGUGUUUACAUGAAGUAGGGCGCGUGCUGAACACGUGCCGCACGUCUAGCAGGACUCACCUUUAAGCCAUGUCUAGUAACACAGCCUAGUCGGGUAGAGCUAGAUCUAAACACAGAGGAGGCUAAAGGCAUGACUACCUGGACUAAGUUACCAUGGCUAUGACUGAACCAAAGUCCGGCUCUGGGAGCUGUUGCAGCAUGCCCGGCUCUGGGAGCUGUUGCAGCAUGCCCGGCUCUGGGAGCUGUUGCAGCAUGUCCGGCAGCUGUUGCAGCAGCAGAUACACCUCCUGCCGCUGGACACUGGCCUACAUGUUGUUUCUGCUGAGAAUGUGCCAGACGGCCUUGAGACAGAGCAUCGGCAUGACCUUGGUGUGUAUGCUGCAGCGUUCGGACAUCGGUGUGUCGAGACACCUACCCGGGAAUGUGUCUUCCCUGUGUCUGGGGAAUGCCACAACCCAGUCUGUGACAGCCGGCUGUCAGAACCUGACCAACAGCACGACACAUGAAUCUUCAUCAGAAGGAGAGUUCUCAUGGGAUGUGACGUUUGAAGGCGUCGUGCUGUCGUCAUAUUACUAUGGUUACCUAGUAACGCCGCUGCUGUCGAUGUACGUCGAGAGGGUGGUUGGCGUCAAGCGCCUGAUUGCUGCCUGCAUUGGAGCAGGGGCGGUAAUCAACCUGAUGACCCCCGAGCUGACCCGACUACACCGGUACCUGCUCGUGUUGCUGCGAGUUCUUGCUGGCACCACCAACGGCUUGAUUGACCCAGCCGUCCAGUCGCUGUGGGCUGCCUGGGCCCCCAGGUCGGAAAUCGCUUCACUCACCGCCGUGGAAUAUGCAGGGGUCAGCAUGGGCGGGAUCCUGACCUUCCUGAUCUCUGGAAUCUUGUGCCAGAUCUCAGUGGACCGUGGCUGGCCACUGGUCUUUUACUUCUACGGAACCACGAGUGCCCUCUGGGUAGUUCUAUGGCUGACCAUCAUCGCUGACCACCCACAGGCCCACCCCAAGAUCUCACCUGAAGAACUCAAGUUCAUCACAGCCGGCACACAGGACAGUACUCACCUGAAGAAAUCUAAGACACGCCCACCAUGGCGACAGAUCCUGAGCUCCACCCCCGUGUGGGCGGUGGUUAUAGCUACGUCAUCCUUCACGUGGGUGUACUCGUGGGUGUUGUGUUACCUGCCCAUGUACAUGCAGGACGGCUUGCAGUACCAAAUAAGUCAGAAUGCCCUGCUGUCCUCUCUACCUUUUGUUGGCAAGUUCCUCUCUGGCCUGGCCUGUGGGUACCUGGCCGACAGACUACUCAGGACCCGGCUCGCUCUCUCGACCAACAGGAAGUUGUUUCAAAUCAUUGGUUCUGUCGGCUGUGCAGCAUGCUGUUUGGCUGUUGGUUUUCUGGACAACACAUCUCGGACAACAGCUGUCAUUCUGCUCGUGCUGGCAGUGACGUCACAAAACAUGACGACAGUGGCCUUCAGGAUCAACGCUCUGGACAUCGCUCCACGGUAUGCCAGCCUGAUCAUUGGGUUAUCCAACACAGUGGCCGUUGCUGCGUCAAUGACAGCCCCUCUAGUGACGUCAGCAGUCAUCUAUCAGAAAACUCAGGCGCAAUGGCAGACAAUGUUUUAUAUUGUAGCAGCGCAAAGCAUUGUGGGUGGUUUGGCUUUUGUCGUCAUGGGCAAGACAAGCACUCAGAAGUGGGCCCAGGCUCCUACAGACAAGGACCAGAGUGUGAGUGUCCCAAUGACUCACCAAACGCUGGUCGACGUGGCAGAGAAUUCUGGGAAGGAAGAAUGGAGGACUGAGCAUGAAUCUUCUCCCUGGAACAGCCGCCUCUCAUUGAACGGUUGAUGGAACAGCUGCAUCUCAUUGAACGGUUGAUGGAACAGCUGCAUCUCAUUGAACGGUUGAUGGAAUAGCUGCAUCUCAUUGAACGAUUGAUAGAAUAGCUGCAUCUCAUUGAACGGUUGACGGAACAGCCGCCUCUCAUUGAACGGUUGAUGGAACAGCCGCCUCUCAUUGAACGGUUGGUGGAACAGCCGCCUCUCACUGAGCGGUUGAUGGAAUAGCUGCAUCUCAUUGAACGGUUGAUAGAAUAGCUGCAUCUCAUUGAACGGUUGAUGGAACAGCCGCCUCUCAUUGAACAGUUGAUGGAACAGCCGCCUCUCAUUGAACAGUUGAUGGAACAGCUGCCUCUCAUUGAACAAAUGAUGGAACAGCUGCCUCUCAUUGCGCGGUUGAUGGAACAGCUGCCUCUCAUUAAGCGGUUGAUGCAACAUUCAAAAUGUUUGGCCACGCCUCCUGAAUCUGUAUUCACGCAUUCUAAAUUCGGAGCCACACAUUUGAAAUAUGCAGCCAUGCCUCUGAAAUGUGUAACCAGGACUCUAACAUGUUUAGCCAUACCCUUGAAGUACUGUUGCUACUCCUCUGAUAUAUAAACUCCACCUGUAAAAUGUGAAGCAAGUUGGAAACAGCUGACUAAUCAACCCUCCUGUUAUCCGUCAUACUUUACCAACAUUCCAUCAUGGAGAU